CCCUUCUGUUAAAAGGAAACCGAAAGAAUAAAUGUGAUUCAAGGCGAGGAUCUUCGACUCGAGGUUACUUUUACGAUGGCUUCUGACGAGGAUUUCUCUCUAGUUAUGGAGCUCACAAAACCAUCUGAGGAAACUCUGGAGGGAGUCAAGGCGUUAAUCACCAACUACAAGAAAAUGCACGAGCAGCUGAUGGAGGAGCAGAAGGAGCUGAAAUCCUGCAGGAACGACCUGCAGGACAUGACCAACAAGUGCAAGCAGCGCUCCGUCAGACUGACCCAGGGUCUGAAGGAGGACGAGCGCUCGUACAAAGAGCAGAUUGGAAAAGAAAACGAGAAGCUGAACCUGAUGAUGCAGGAGGAAGGAGAACUGCUGAGGGAGAUCCAGAGAAUGGAGGAAGCUCUGAAGAAGGAAGGAGCCAAAAGCGACCAUCUGAAGCAGCAGACUGACGUGUUCUCUGCCGUACCGGAGAGGGAGGUCGUCUUCACCGGCCUCACAGGAAACGGAGCCGACACGUUUGAAAUUAAGCCGCACAUCGUUUACCCGAUGGAGGGCGGGACGGUUCUGAUCACGUUUGAGGAGGAAGUGGUGGCCAAGAAGAUCCUGGACCUGAAGAAGCAUAAGGUGGAUCUGGGCUCAGAGUGCAGCAUCACUGUGGAGGCCAGACCAGUUCACCUGAUGCUGCCCAGACUGGUGGAGAUCGACACUGAGGUGAGUCCUCAGCACGUGUUGAUCUCGGACCUGCCCGAAAUAGAUCCUGAGACGCUUCUGAACAAGCUGGAGAUCCACUUCUCCAAACAAAGACACGGCGGUGGAGAGGUGGACAGCUGUGAAAUGCUGCCUGACUCUGGGACCGUCGUCAUCUCGUUUGUGGAGAAACACAUUGCCAGAGGUUUGACAGACCAAGAGUACCACGAUGUGAAGCUGCAGCAGAAGAUGCACAGAGUGAGGGUGACUCCUUUCAUCAACGGGAAGAUUACAGACCUACAGGCCAAGCUGACGCCGUGUGCACGGACGCUGCUGCUGACGGGAAUCCCCGCUAUCAUGGAGCAGGAGACGCUGCAGGACCUGCUGGAGAUCCACUUCCAGAAAAUCCAAAACGGGGGCGGAGAGAUCGAAGCGUUCCUCUACAACCCGCUCGGUCAGCAAGCCUCCGCCCUGUUUGAGGGCGUCCCAACAGACUCAGAAGAGGACGAGUAGUUACAGUUUAUUCUUUUAUUCUGUUUUCACACCUUUUCUGAUGGAAAUCUGUUUGAUUUACUACAAAUCUUAAAUAUUCUCUGUACUUGAAAAAACUGCCUUACAUUUUUUCUAGAACAAAUCUCCUGUAAGUAUUGGGAAAUCAAUUCAAUGAAUGGAACACUUAAAUUAUAUUAAUACGAGGAAUGUAUAACUGGGUUUUUUUGUUUAGUUAUUUAAAAAUUAAUGGCUAUGACAAAUGCAGUGUAAUUACAAUUAUGCAAUAAUCAACAAGUAUUCUGUCCUUUUUGCACUUUUAUUACAUGAUAAAAAUGUAAAUGGCCUGCAGUAACACAUUAUUAGUUUGUCCAUUUUGCAUCAGUGCAAUUAAAAUGUAAAGUGAUUCAGACUCACAUGCUUUCUUUCUGAAAAUGUGCUGCAGUCUAUAGGUUCAUUUUUAUUUUCUGAAUGACAUUGAUCUCAAAUUGACCUGCUAAAUAACCAAUUAAAAAUGAAUGUAUGCAUUUCUCAAGAUAAAUAAACUAUUACUUUACACGGG